UGAGUCGUUCUCGUGUACUCGACGUGUUCGGUACAUUGUUGGCAUUGUUGUGGGAAAUUAAAACUGACAUUUUCAAAUCGAAACAAACAGAAAUAACAAAAAAAUCGAUCGAAAUAAUUAAUUCCUGGCUAAAUGCGCCCGUAAAGCUAUUGUUUAAAUAAUUAACUGUAUUGAAACAAAUCUCACAGUGUCUAUGUGUAUGUGUGUGUGCGCAACAUUCUCGGAUGUAAAAAAAUAUUAACUUUUAUCGCAAAACUUCAGUAUUAAGAAGGCUGGCUCCUCAAAAAAAACUAAAUUACUUUUAAUAAAUUUAGUAUAAUAUUAAAAGAAACAAAUAAUUAUUGCUACCUGAGAAACUACUGUGAUACACAACACCGAAUCAACUAGAGAAUAAAACAAAAUGGGCAUACCAAUGGAAUCCACCACCAAGAGAGCCGAUCUCAAUGAAACACAAGAUGUGGAGGCCACAUCGAAAUCGAAACACAAAACAAGUGUCUUUGAAGCAGUCGCCCAUUUAUUUAAGGGCAGUGUCGGAGCCGGUCUCUUUGCCAUGGGUGAUUGCUACAAAAAUGGUGGCCUCAUUGGUGCCACAAUUUUAAUGCCCAUCAUUGCUGUGAUCUGUGUCCAUUGCGAACAAAUGUUGAUCAAAGGUUCCAUGUUGGCCGUGGAACGCAACAAAUCGGCCACAUUCUAUGAUUAUCCCGAAACCGUUGAGAAAUGUUUUGAAGCCGGUCCGAAACCAUUUCGCCGUCUUGCUAAGCUAAUGAAAUUCAUUGUGGAAAUGUUUUUGUGUGUCACUCAAUUUGGAUUUUGUUCGAUUUAUUUUGUUUUCAUCACCGAGAAUUUGCAUCAGAUCCUCCAAAGCUAUGGCAUUGACAUAAGCUUGAGCCUAACAAUGUUGAUCUGCCUUCUGCCGGCCAUGAUACCAUCCUUGAUGACCAAUUUGAAAUAUAUUUCACCUGUCUCGGCAUUUGCCAGUUUUGCCCUGCUCUUUGGUUUGGUGGCCACCUUGUGUUUGGCCUUCUUGGAUGGACCAAUGCCAUCGAUCUCGGAAAGAAAUCUAUUUAAAUUUGGACCUGAAUUGUCGUUGUUUUUCGGCACGGCCCUGUUCUCGUUCGAGGGUAUCGCCUUGAUCUUGCCCAUACGCAAUUCAAUGAAAGAACCCAAGAAAUUCAAUCAACGUUUUGGUGUUUUGAAUAUUUCAAUGCUGAUCAUUACGUUGCUGUUUACCUUUACCGGAUUUGUGAGCUACACGAAAUGGGGUGAAAAUGUGGAAGGUAGCAUCACCUUGAAUUUGAAUCCAGAUGAUAAAUUGUCGCAAGCCGUAAAAAUUGCUGCCGCCUUGGGUGUCUUCUUUGGCUAUCCCAUACAAUUCUUUGUUAUGAUGAAAAUCAUAUGGCCCCCAGUUAAGCAGAAUAUGGCCGUGGCCCAGAGACGUCCCAUAACGGUGCAGGUUAUGUUCCGUUUUAUUAUGGUCUUGUUGACAUUUGGCGUGGCCCUUUUGGUACCCAAAUUGCAUUUGUUUAUCUCUUUGAUUGGUGCCCUUUGUUCCACCUCCCUGGCCUUUGUAUUCCCCGUAUUCAUUGACUUCGUGGUAAGAGCUCAAACCCCCAAGAAUUUGGGUACCUGGGUCUAUUUGAAAAACAUGAUCAUCCUGAUAAUUGCCCUGUUGGGUAUCAUUACCGGAACCUAUGAAAGUAUUCAUGAAAUUGUCAAGGCAUUCUAUGAAGAUUAAUUUCAUACCCAUCCAAAGAUCAAGAGUGGAGCGAGAGAGGCGUCAUUUCAAACCAAUAUUCCAUCAUUCGUAUUACUAUAAAUAAAAAAAUGUUAAUAUCUCUAUGUAAAAUUGUAUAUGUUAGUGUAAUCUAGUUGUAAAUAGUGUUUAAGUGCAAAAACAAAUUCUUUUACUUCUUUGUUUAGAACAACUUGUGUUACAAACUUAUAUUUUUUCCUGUUCUUCAAAAAACAGCAACAACAAACAAAAUACUUCUUUUAAAUCUCACAUACUUAUGUUAUUGUUAUUAUUAUAUGUA